AUGCCCAAUUAUACCACUAACAUUCAAUCUUUUACGCACAAUCACAACUUCAAUAUAGCUUCCCUGAACUGCCGCAAUCUUGUCAAAGCCUCUACUCCAGAGAUUAGCUCUGACUUCAUUCGAUAUUUACGUUCCUUACAUUUGGACAUUAUAUGUAUUCAAGAAUCGCACGCCGUUGAGGCAGUUCAGGACCAACUCAAUCUACAAUUCCAAGCUCAUGCCACCUUAUGGACACAACAUUGUGGUAUUAUCUCAUUCAAUCCAUUAAUCAACUUACAUUCUUUAGACUUCGAUCUGGACCAACGCAUCCUUGCCUGCAAGGUUGUCCAUGCCAAUGCGUUGUUCCCACCCUUCACACUCCUUAACAUCUAUGCUCCUGCCCAAUACUCUCCCAGAGUGCAGUUCUUUCGCAAUCUUCUAGCGUUGCCUCUUUUCGACAUUCCUUAUUCAACCUCUCAGGCAUCUCUCUCCUCUUUAUCUACACCUCUCGACUCUGAUCCCUCCAACCUUGCUCCAAUGCUCAUGAUGGGGGAUUUCAACUAUCAUGCUACUUCAUAUCUGACCGAUGAAAGUGUGGAUCAGGAACUUGAUACUAACAAUAUUACUUCAGGAGCUGCCCUUCACCGACACUUCCAUCAGAUUCUCAAUACGCACUUCUUUGAAUGUACACAUUCGCGGGAAGAAGGCCCUCUGUUACCAACAUAUCGCAGACAGAACGGUCAAUCUACUAUCGAUUACCUGUACGCUUCUGCUUUCUUAUUCCAACACCUACACUCUUCUGACAUUGAGUUCCUUGAUUCCUCCUGGACCGAUCAUGCCCUUCUCCGGGCACGGUUUGUCUUUUCGUCGGAUCGUCAGGGAUCAGGUCUAUGGCGAGCUAACCCCAAUCUAGCAACUAAUCAAUAUUUCACGGAUCAACUGUUUACAGCUUUAGAUGAAUUUUUCACUACCGUGGAGAUUACCGCUUCCAUAGAUGCCGCCGCCUCCAUUUUGCCUGCCUCUCCGCAAGACAAUUGGGAUGCUCUUAAAGCUCUAGUUCAGGAUAUCGCUCGUCGGGUAAGUCGUGCUCGCAGCAAUGCCUUGGAACGCCAACACCGGCGCCUACAACGCAAGCGCAACCGAAUAUGUCGUCAAUACUCGGAUCCUCGUACCCGGACACAACUACUACACACCGUUGAAAAGCAAAUUGGUAUGCUUCAACGUGAAAUUGCUACGAACCUACGAUUGCGGGCAGGUAAACAUUGGCGUGAAAAGGGGGAAACCUCUGCCGGUUACCUUAAGCGAACUAUUGCCACUCAUGCCGCUAAACAGGCGAUUACUAGCCUCCUCCAUCCAGUUAGUAACACAUUAUGUACUGAUCCUCUUUCGAUGCAGACAGCUGCUUCUAGUUUCUAUGACACGUUGUAUUCCAGUGAUCCGGUCGAUAUCGCGAGCAUCGAGUCCCUGUGCAACACGAUCCCUGACUCUGACACCAUCCCGGAUGAUGCUCAUACUAUUCUUCAGCAACCUUUCACCUAUGCCGACUUAUUGACUGGUACUCAUCGUACCAAGUUCCAAUCCAGUCCUGGCAUCGACGGUUUACCUUAUCCCAUUCUCAACGUGAUUUUCAACCACCCGAAGGCUGCCAAACUCUCUGUUCAGGUAUUUAAUGAUGCUCUCAACUUGGGUAUCUUUCCCUCCAGCUGGUUGCAAACCUGCAUCUGUUUACUACCCAAAUCCGGCGACCUAUCCAACCUCAAGAAUUGGCGACCUCUAUCAUUGAUAUGUUGCGAUGCCAAGAUAUUUACCCGACUUCUCAACCAACGUCUUAUGCCUUUUAUGAACAAAAUCAUAUGUCCUCAACAAUCAGGAUUCAUGCCUGGUCGCUUCAUCGGUGACAAUGGUAUGAUCCUCCACAACACUCGCCUCAUUGCCGCUGAAACAUCCUCUGACAGUAUUGCACUUCUCUUGGAUCAAGAGAAGGCUUACGAUCGCAUUCAUCCUGAUUAUCUUCGUGCUGUGAUGCAACGUUUUAACAUGCCUACUAAUAUUAUUCAUUCCUUACUAACUCUCUUUUUUUCGACACAAAUUCACAUCAACAUCAAUGGACAUAUCUCGACUGAUUAUAUCACCCAACAACGUGGUAUUCGACAAGGAGAUCCCAUCUCGCCACUACUGUUUAAUAUCGCAUUUGAUCCAUUCCUUCGAUCAAUUCACCAAGACCCUCAAUACAAGGGUUUCAACCUACACACUGAAGCUCCUCCCCCUUCUAAUGAUACCCAAUCUGAUGUUAUUUCAGAUUCUAUGCAACAACUGUUUUCUGAUGCUGCUGACCCGCCCAUUGUUCCCGAUGGUUCAACUUCUUCAGCUUCUUCUACAACUGCGCCUCUGGCGGUCAAAAUCCUUGCCUAUGCGGAUGAUACUUUGGUGUAUCUUCGCGACACGCACGAUUUCCAUCGUUUGCAGGCUGCCAUCACUACUUACAUGAAAGCUUCUAACGCAUUAUUGAAUUAUCACAAAACAGUAGCUACAUCUCUUUCAGGUAAACCAUCAACAACUUGGCAAGCCCUGCUCUCAUCUUAUGGCAUCACCGCUUGGCAUGAUCGCACAUCCACCACUCCACUCAUUUAUCUCGGUUAUCCAAUUUGUUCCAGCAUUACUCAACGCAAUGUUGCCUUUCAAAAACUGUAUGACUCCAUCCGUAACGCUAUUGCUAUCCACUCCCAACGCAAUAUCUCUAUCCGUGGCCGGGUCACCAUUCUCAAUUCACUCAUUUAUUCCAAAUUAUGGCAUGUUUUACGACUCACAACAUUUACCAAGGCCCAGUUGCUCUCUUUACGAAGCCUGGGUACCGCCUUCAUUAAUUUUCGUAUAUUCCCUAGACUCUCUUUUGCUACUCUCUCUUUACCUCGCUCUGCCGGUGGUUUGGGGCUCCUAGAUCCUCUCUCUCAACAACAAGCUCUGCAAUGGUACUGGGUGUGCCCUCUAUUGCUUCAAUAUCUUGACUCUCCGGCCUUCUCCAAGUACAACACUCCUUCGCUUCCUGUCUUAACUUAUACUCUUUCUUGGUGCUACUCCUCCACCGUCUUCUCUCAUUUCUUUUACUACCUCUUGUUUCGGCAUGCUCGCCAUCGGUUGUGGUUUCCUCAAAGUCCAUCCCGUCGCAAUACUUAUCUCAAUCCAAUCACUAAUCUUCAGUCCUGCUUGUCCAUCUUUCAGAUGUCAGAACGUCGUAACUUAUAUGUUGAUGCUAUUACUUGCUACUCACUCCCUCUUUAUGAAAUACUUUUACAUUCUCCUCCUACUAUUAACAAUUUAUAUUCUUCUAGCUUUAUACCACCGAAUCUUCUUUUAGAUGGCUCUGACGUUGCCAGAAAGCUUCUUGUAAGCGAGGUUUUCCAGUUAGAUAUUGAUCAUCAGGUGCUUCGUGUUCGUCCUUCCUUCCAAUUCGCUCGCCAUCCUAUUGUAUCCCAACGUGUUGCUGAUUUCAUUCAGUCGCGUCAACUACUAUUCCAACCUUUCUUUGCACAACAGUGCUUCAUUGCUCCUCGUCCAACCCUCAACCCACAUCAACCUCCCUCCCUUCGAGCGUUCUGCCGUAGCAUUAUCGUUCCUCCUUCUUCCUUGCCUUCGCGAGGCCGGUUGCCGCUCAACAGCAUCCGUUACUUCAAAAAACUACGUCAAACCCUCUCCUCUACCUCCUCCUCACUCUCUCCUCUCCGGCCGGCUCAAUGGCUCUCCUUCUGGAGAAUCUCAAUCCCCCUGGCUGCUCGCACGGUCUGGUACCGAGCUAUUUACGAAAAAAUCCCUUCAAGAGCUCUGCUACAUUUACGCAUCCCCGAAAAACACCCUUCUCCCCUAUGUACCAUCUGCUCUGCCUCUACCACGGAGGAUAUCACCCAUACUCUGUUCUCCUGCCCUCCCAAGUUAUUGGUCUGGCGACACAUGUACCACACCUAUCUCUCUGCUUCUUCCUCAAUCUCUGAUGUUGAUCUGAUUCAUUUCUUCCAACAAAUAUUACUCUGUUCCUCUCCCUAUCUUGAUCGUGAUCUCUCUCUCUCGUUCAAUGAUCUCUCUAUUCCUCAACUUUUCGCAACUACUCUGCUGACAAUAUGGCAAGCGCACUGGCGCUGGAUCUUCGACCGAACCCCGUUCAUCGCUGACACUGUUCAACAUCGUCUUGCUCGCUCUCUUGCUCGCUUGGAUGCCGAGUUAAAGCUAGAUUCGUAA